AUGAAACGCAAGCAACCAGGUUCUUCGAAAGGGGACAGCUCACUUGAUUCUACGCCGCGAAAGCGAAGGACCACCGAUCCUAAGUCGACCCUGAAAGACGAAGCCACUGCAGGCAUACCAGGGACACCUUCGAGAAAUCCUCCUUCCACGAGCAAUGGAUUCAGGGCCAAACUUACCCGUCAUCUGAAUACCCCAACCAAAGAUUCCCCGACUUCAAAGGCGCAAUCCGGACCGUUAUUCGCAACACCAACAAAAGCUACUGGAAAAAAAUCCGUGCAUCCUUCUCCUUCCAUAACAAGAAAUGCUGAUCGCUCAGCGAAGCGAAAAAGUGCGCGCGUACUUCUAGAACAAAAUGAUGAGGAUGAUUGGGACGGUGCAGAUAAAUUAGCGCAAGCGAUCUUGGAAUCAGGGGAUGAUGACGAGGCUGAGAAAAUCAAAGAGCGAGGAGCGAAUAGAGCAAAUAAUGCUGGAAAAGCUGAACCUACCCCGAAGCGCCGCGCUGGGCGCCCCAAGGGCGCGAAGAAUCGACGAUCCCCUACUCCUGAGGGAGAUCUCCCACCGCAUGAACGGUACUUCUUUCAAAAUCGACCGGGACCGGUACAAACUUCUAAUAAUACGCUUGCGAAGCUAUCCCUUUUGGAUCAUGAGGAGUAUUUUGAGCGGAUGAACAAAUUUGUGGAUCCACACCAAAAGGAAAAAGAUUUUUUACUUGAACUUCAUGAACACUCCUUUCCACAAUGGGCAUUUGAGCUGAGCGAGGGAUUUAAUAUAUGCAUAUAUGGAUACGGUUCAAAAAGGCGGCUCGUUAAUCGAUUUGCAGAAUGGCUGUCCCAACGGCACAGUGAUCAACCAACGAUUGUAAUUGUGAAUGGCUAUGUAUCUAGCACGACGAUACGGUCCAUUCUUUCGACGGUAAUUAGAGCAAUCCUCGGGCCUGAUACACCGUCAAAACUUGGCACGCAGCCUUCAGAGGUAUUGGAGCUACUCCAAUCCAUCCUACAUAAUAAUCCACUGCAGCACCCUAUAAUGGUCUUUAUAAAUUCCAUCGAUGCACCACACCUACGGCGUCCUUCUCACCAGGCCCUGUUAGCGCGUCUUGCUAGUAUACCUCUGAUCAAUAUGCUAGCCACAGCUGACACACCCAACUUCCCUUUGCUGUGGGAUGUAAGCCAUCGUGAUCAAUUCAAUUUUGUAUUCCACGACUGCACAACCUUCACACCGUAUGAUGUGGAAUUAAACGUCGUUGACGAGGUAAAUAGCCUUCUCGGACACCAGGUACGCCGAAUCGGCGGUAAAGACGGAGUCAACUUCGUCCUGAAAAGUCUUCCAGAAAACACGCGGAAACUCUAUCGCUUAUUGGUGACGGAGAUCCUCACACUGCUAGGGGAGCACCAGCUUUCUGACGACGAGGAGAAUGGUGAUGGAGGCAUGAAGAAAGAUGGGGACACCAACCAUGGCGAGAAAGUAGCCGUCGAAUGGCGAACGUUGUUUCACAAAGCCUCGGAGGAGUUCAUCUCCUCUUCAGAGAUGAUGUUCCACAAGAGAUGGAAGGAGUUCUGGAAGAUUUAA